AUGAGUGAAUCCCAGUCCCAAGACCCCAAACAAAAAACCGCCCUCGUCCGGCACGAUGAUGCCGAGGCCUUCGUGAUCUCCCUCCUCCAAGCCGAGGGCGUCCGUCCGGAUGACGCCAAGGUUGUGGCCAAGGCGCUCGUGCAAGCCGAUCUACGUGGUGUAGAAAGCCAUGGAAUUAAUCGCAUCCCAUCAUACCUGGCGCGGAUCAGAACGGGGGGGAUUGAUCCGUUGGCGGUGCCGACGGUCGAGAUGGUCACGGGGUGUGUGGCAAAGGUGGAUGGGCACAACGCCCUCGGGCCUCUCCCUUCCCUUCUCGCCGUCCGCACAGCCAUCACUCUCGCCAACCAACACGGCAUCGGCCUCGUCGGCGUCUCCCACUCCAACCACUUCGGCAUGUCAGCCUGGCUGGUCCGCGAAGCCCUAGACGCAGGCUACAUUUCCCUAAUCUUCACCAACUCCUCUCCCGCCUUACCGCCUUGGGGCGGUCGCGUCCCAUUACUGGGAGUCUCCCCCAUCGCGGCGGGUGCUCCCGCCGGUGAGAAGUCUGGCGUGCCAUUUUUGCUGGACAUGGCUCCUAGCGUGGUGGCUAGAGGGAAGGUUCAUAAAGCGAUGAGGAGGGGUGAACAGAUACCCCUUGGGUGGGGGUUAGACUCGAAAGGGAGGGAGACGACCGAUCCGAGGGAGGUUAUUAACGGGGGGUGGAUGAUGCCUAUAGCGGGGUACAAAGGGACGGGGUUGGCGAUGAUGAUGGAUGUGUUUGCCGGCGUGUUUACUGGGGCAGCGUUUGCGGGAGAUGUGACGGGGCCGUAUGAUACGAGCGGGAAGCCCGGAGAGGUGGGGCAUUUGGUUGUGGUGAUGAAGCCGGAUUUGUUUGUGAGCGCGGAGGAGUUUAGAAGGAGGAUGGAUGUGUUAUAUGAGAGGGUGGUUGGGUGUGAGAAGGCUGAGGGAGUAGAUAGGAUAUAUUUCCCGGGAGAAAUCGAGCAGUUAACGGAGGAGAGGAGGAUAAGGGAGGGAAUUCCGUUCGUGCAGGAUGAGAUUGAUGCGUUGAACCGGGAGGCCGAGAGGUUAGGCGUGGAGAAAAUUAAAGUGGUUGAAAACCCCUAG